AUGUACCGCUGCCUCGGGGAAGCGCUGCUGCUGGCUCGCGCCGGGCCGCCGUCCUCGGCUCGGCGGCUGCCGACUCGGCCGCGCUGCUGGGCCGGAUGGUGGGGCUUCUUCGAUCGCGGCGCCAGCAUCGUGGAGGACAAGCUGGUGGAGGACCUCAAGACCCGGGAGAGCGAGGAUCAGAAGCGCAACCGGGUGCGCGGCAUCCUGCGGAUCAUCAAGCCCUGCAACCAUGUGCUAAGCCUGUCCUUCCCCAUCCGGCGCGACGACGGCUCCUGGGAGGUCAUCGAAGGCUACCGGGCCCAGCACAGCCAGCACCGCACGCCCUGCAAGGGAGGUAUCCGUUACAGCACUGAUGUAAGUGUGGAUGAAGUAAAAGCUUUGGCUUCUCUGAUGACAUAUAAGUGUGCAGUGGUUGAUGUACCAUUUGGGGGUGCCAAAGCAGGUGUGAAGAUCAAUCCCAAGAACUAUACUGAUAAUGAAUUGGAAAAGAUCACAAGGAGAUUCACCAUGGAACUGGCAAAGAAGGGCUUUAUUGGAUGUGUUGAUAAACUACUUACUCAAUAA